CGGGGCCAGGCAAGGCUGGCUGCGAGGAGACAGGGAUGGCUGCCCACGCUUCCCUCCCGGCCCUCAUCCGCAAGAAGCGGGAUGGCGAGCGGCUGGAGGAAGAGGAGAUCCAGAGCUUCGUGCGCGGUGUGACGGAGGGCACCGCGCAGCAGGGCCAGAUCGGUGCCAUGCUGAUGGCCAUCCGGCUGCGUGGCAUGGACGCGGCAGAGACGCUGGCGCUGUCGCGGGCCAUGGCAGCCUCGGGCCGGACACUGGCAUGGCCCCCCGCCUGGCAGGGGCUGGUGGUGGACAAGCACUCAACGGGCGGCGUGGGGGACAAGGUCAGCCUGGCCCUGGCCCCCGCCCUGGCCGCCUGUGGCUGCAAGGUGCCCAUGAUCAGUGGCCGGGGCCUGGGCCACACCGGGGGCACGCUGGACAAGCUGGAGGCCAUCCCCGGCUUCUGCGUCUCCCAGAGCCCCGAGCAGAUGCGGAGCAUCCUGGAGCGGGUGGGCUGCUGCAUCGUGGGGCAGAGCGAGGAGCUGGCGCCGGCUGACCGGGUGCUGUACAGCCUGCGGGACGUCACUGCCACCGUUGACAGCCUGCCCCUCAUCACCGCCUCCAUCCUGAGCAAGAAGGCAGCAGAGCAGCUCUCGGCGCUGGUGCUGGACGUCAAGUUUGGGAGCGCGGCCCUGUACCCCACGCAGGAGAGCGCGCGGGAGCUGGCCCAGAGCCUGGUGGCGGUGGGCGAGCGGCUGGGCAUCCGCACGGCGGCCGUGCUGAGCCGCAUGGACGAGCCCGUGGGCCGCUGCGUGGGCAACUCGCUGGAGGUGCUGGAGGCCCUGGAGUGCCUGGAUGGGGGGGGGCCCCCCGACCUGCGCGAGCUGGUCACCACCCUGGGUGGGCUGCUGCUGUGGCAGUGCGGGCUGGCCGGGGCAGCGGAACAGGCCAGCGAGCGGCUGGGCCGGGCGCUGGACGACGGCUCGGCCCUGCGCACCUUCGAGGCCAUGCUGGGGGCGCAGGGGGUGCCCCCCGACACCGCCCACCGCCUCUGCAGUGGGACCCCCGCUCAGCGCCGCCAGGUCCUCGGGCAGGCGAGGCUCUGUGAGGAGCUGCCUGCGCCCUGCGGAGGCUGGGUGCAGCGGGUGGAGGCCCUGCCGCUGGCCCGCGUCCUGCACGAGCUGGGGGCCGGCCGGGAGCGGGCCGGGGACCCCAUCAACCUCCGCGUGGGCGCCGAGGUGCUGGUGGACGUGGGGCAGCGCCUGCGGGAAGGCGAGCCCUGGCUGCGGCUGCACCACGACGGGGCCCCGGGAGGGGGAGCCCUGGGGGCGGGACCCCGCCAGGCCCUGCAGGCCGCCCUGCGCCUGGCGGCGGCGCCCCCCGGCGCCCCCCCACCCCGCCUGGCUGAGGCCAUCCUGCCCCCCGGGACCCCCCCCGGGGCCGCCCCCGGCCGCUGAC